AUGCUUGAAUGGAGGGAAGCAUUUGGUGACCUCAACUCUACCUGCACAUUACCUCAGGGACUUCCUUCGAGUGUUGCUGUCAGUGUAUCGCUGUUUGCCUGACAUGGUCUGUCUCGGACGUCCCUCGUGCGGAAGCGUUUGCUCGGAUCCGACAAUUACGGAACCUCGACGUGACAGAUGCGAUCAUUGGAGCACGCCUCAACCAGUCCCAUCAGGCCAACAAGCAUCGACGCCCAGACGACCCCGCCUUUCGGACCGGCAGUUACGUCUAUCUUUCGACAAAGAACCUGGCAGUUCCUGACGGCAUGAAGUCGAAGUUGUUGCCGCGCUACAUCGGCCCCUUCCGUAUCCGAGCGGCCAUCCCUGCGACGUCCAGCUACGACCUCGAGCUCCCUCCAGCGAUGUCGCGAGUGCACAAUCGUUUCCAUGCUCGACUGCUUCGGCCUUGCGUUGAGAAUGAUGCUGAAAGGUUUCCUGGGCGUGACCCCGCAGUUCUUUUUGUCGAAGACGUAGCCGACGCGGCCGACAAUUCUGCGAUUCCGGAACGGAUUGUUCGCGAUCGGCGGAACGCUCGGGGCGCUCGUUCGUUCUUGGUUCGAUGGGUAGGCCGUAACGACACUGACGAUACUUGGAUGUCAGAGCAGUCCAUUCGCCUUGACCAUCCGUCCGUCCUCGACGCCUACCUCGCGCGCCUCGAUCGCUCGAACCGCCGCCUCGCCGCACGGUAGACUUCCUUCUGGGGGGGACAGUGUCAGGAUGACAGCGUGUACUCGAAGGAAGCCCCCCCAAGACUAUGUGCGGGUAGAGUUGACUUGACCAGAGACUUGCCUCGUUUCACAGCAUCGUCGGUGCGAUGGCGUAGUCGUGAGGCGCGCGGGCGCGCACUCGGUGGUCGCGGGUUCGAGGCGCCCAGACCGCAGUCUUCUUUCGGUUUGUUUUAUCUUUUUGUUAACCGAGGCGCGGCUUCAGGGUUUUUACCGGUGCUCCCGCGAGCAAUCCUUUUUACCCCUGAGGCGACCUCUUGGAGUGGUUGAUUUGGCUAAGUCCCCUCUGGGCCUGGCACAGUCCCUUCCCUUUAGUUUUACCACCUUUCCCCGGGAGCUUGGUCCGCUCUUCUCUUUUGUUGCCCCUCCUCUUCUUGUCGAUCGUUUGGGAAUUAAGUCCGUUACACUUGAUUUCCUGCGAGCCUUUCGACCGACUCCCCUCCUCGGUUGCUCCCUUGUCGACUGCCGCCGCAACAGCCGACACUUCCAGAAAUCCCCCCCCGUACCAACGCGUGUAGACGACGUCAUCCCCUCCGACGUCGCUUGUCAGGCUGGACAAUGACGACGACAGCGACGCCACAGCAACCGCCGCCACCGCUUCCCGCGAAUCGACGCCGCAUGAACCAACCCCACCUCUGUCACCCGAAACUCUCGCCAAGUCGCUACGCGAGGGGGAGGAGUGGGACAGGAUCAGAGCUAACUGGGUUGAGCAGGCACGACUUGAGCGGGACCAAAGCAUCGAGAGGAGGCUCAACGCUGAAACCCCUUUGGUGCGUCACAACUUUGCCACGUGGGACGAGGACGGUGAGAUACGCUCCAUCAACAUCAGGGGGACCGCUGCGAAGUUCAAGAAGCAGGUGAUGAAGAGGUCGCAGACUGCGGCGGACCUGUGAGGAAUCCACUCUCCGCUCGGCUCAGGACUUAGGCGCGCGGAGCGAACCGGGCGCGGACUUAGGCGCGCGGAGUGAGCCGGGCGCCCCGGCCCAGGACUUAGGCGCGCGAAGCGAGCCUGGGACUUAG